AAAGCACUUUCAUCUCAUGAAAAAGCCCUUGAAAUUCAACAACAAUCACUUCCUUCCAAUCAUCCUUAUUUGGCUUCUUCCUACAAUAAUAUCGGUGCAGUGCAUCAAGACAUGGGUGAUUAUUCAAAAGCAUUUUCUUAUUAUGGAAAAGCCCUUGAAAUUCAACAACAAUCACUUCCUUCAAAUCAUCCUGAUUUGGCUGAUUCCUACAAUAAUAUUGGUGCAGUGCAUCAAGACAUGGGUAAUUAUCAGAAAGCACUUUCAUCUCAUGAAAAAGCCCUUGCAAUUCGACAACAAUCACUUCCUCCAAAUCAUCCUGGUUUGGCUCAUUACUACAACAACAUUGGUGCAGUGCAUCAAGACAUGGGUGAUUAUCCAAAAGCAUUUUCUUAUUAUGGAAAAGCCUUUGAAAUCAGACAACAAUCACUUCCUUCAAAUCAUCCAGAUUUGGCUUCUUCCUACAGCAACAUUGGUUUAGUGCAUAACGACAUGGGUUAUUAUCCGAAAGCACUUUAUUGUUUUCAAAGAGCCCUUGAAAUUCUACCACAAUCACUGCCUUCCAAUCAUCCUGAUUUGGCUCAAUCCUACAACAACAUUGGUUUAGUGCAUGAAAAUAUGGGUAUUUACUCAAAAGCCCGUACAUUUUAUGAGCGUGCUAUACAAAUUGCACAACAAUCAUUAUCUUCAAAUCACCCGAAGCUUCAAAUGUUGAGAAAUAACCUCGAACGUGUAAAAAACAAAUAA